UUUUUCUUUUUUUUUUAUUGUUCUGUAGACACACCAUCUCUCUUCCCAAUCACUUUUUCAACAAAGAACAAAAGAGCAACCACUCCUUCCUAAAACUACCUUCAUCUCUCCUACACCUUACAUCUAACAUGAAGUUCAUUGCCACUCUCGCUGUUGCCGUCUCCUCUUUGGCCGCCAUGGCCUCUGCUGAUAUGUUGCAGAUUAACAACCCUACCGUCAACACUAUCUGGAACGCAGGCAAAACCGAAUACGUUGCCUGGACUGGCAACUGCGCUUCCAUGGGCCCCGCAGGAAAGAACGUCACUGUCGAGAUCGUUACCGGGCCCUCGACCUCUGUCCGUCACGUCGGCAACAUUGGAACUGUUGAUUGCUCAGGAAGCAACAGCACUGCUAACGUCAUCAUCCCUGAGGACUUUGCCUCUGGCCAGUAUGCUUUGAUCAUCUUGACCGAGCCUGAGAAGUCCUACACCAAUGCUUUCACCAUUAACAACCCCAAGGUGGCUGCUCCCCCAACUACUGCUCCCCCAGCUUCUAAUCCUUCUGGUUCCGGUUCUACUGCCCCUAAGGAGGAAAAGCCCAGCAGUGCUGGAUCCUUGGGUGCCAAUACCUUCUUGGCUUUGACCGGUGCUGCCACUGCCGCAUUCUACCUUCUCUAAAUUGAAAUUGAGAAAAGAAAAGAAAAGUGGGAGGCAUCUGAGAGAGGGUAGGGAUCAAGCACAAUGCUUGAUCCAAGCAGUUGUUGAUUCUCUGUUCCUGAUUUUUUUUUUUUUUUACUUUGUCUCCAUAUCCGGGUUACACCAACCCAUUCACUCAACAAGACAAAGGAAGAAAAAUUACAAGACAUGGAGGCGAAGCAACAACCAUUUCCUUCAUUUAUUAGAACGUGUACACCUACUUGCUCUUUUGUUCACCUAGAAAAAAAACAGACAUUAUAAUCUUUCAUUACACCAUUUUGCUUUUUUUUUUUCUUGUUUCUACUGUAAUA